GGGCGAGCUGGAGCCGCACUCUUAGUCUCCGUCGCCCGCGAGCUCCGAACCCUCUUCCACCGGACUCCUCGGCUCUCUUCUGACCGACGCCGCCAUGGCCGAAGCUGAUAUUGCACUGAUUGGACUGGCCGUCAUGGGCCAGAACCUCAUUCUGAACAUGAAUGACCACGGUUUUGUGGUCUGUGCUUUUAACAGGACAGUCUCCAAAGUUGAUGAUUUCUUGGCCAAGGAGGCAAAGGGCACCAAAGUGGUUGGCGCUCACUCCUUGAAGGAAAUGGUCUCCAAGCUGAAGAAGCCUCGGCGGAUUGUGCUUCUGGUGAAGGCCGGUCAAGCCGUUGACGAUUUCAUUGAAAAACUGGUGCCGUUGUUGAGUGCUGGUGACAUCAUCAUCGAUGGGGGAAAUUCUGAGUACAGGGACACCACAAGACGAUGUCGGGACCUCAAGGCCAAGGGGAUCUUGUUUGUGGGGAGUGGAGUGAGUGGUGGCGAAGACGGGGCCCGGAACGGCCCGUCGCUCAUGCCAGGAGGAAACAAAGAAGCCUGGCCGCACAUCAAGACAAUCUUCCAAGGCAUUGCCGCGAAAGUGAGCACCGGAGAACCCUGCUGUGACUGGGCAAGUUCAGAUCCUGGGCCCCUCUUCAGCCAUUUGGCCCCAGUGGGAGAACUGAACUCCAAAGAGCAUCGGAAAGGAACAUCAUUUGUGUCCUUUGAGAAUGCCAAGAUGCCGUUUUGA